CCAAAUUUUGCGUUUGACUUUGUUUUAUAUUGCAAACAACAAAGCAUUCACAAACCUGAACAGUAAAUAUUCCAAAUCAACUGGAAAUUCGUUCGGCGGUUUUGAUGCGAGAAGAUUUAAUGCGGAAUAAUGAUGACGUUCAACUUCGGUCAUUGUGUAAUUUGGAUCGCAUCGAUUUUAAAAUGUGCUUUGAUUUUAGUUUCAUUUGGAAAACCGAUUUCUUUGUAGUGUUUUGUUUGUUUAGAUUUAGUGUGCUUGUGUUUUUUUUUGCAUCGUCAUGUGUUUAUAAGUUUGCGUUCAACGGAGAAUAUGCGACGAAUUUUGCGAAGCAUUCAGAAAGAGAACAUCGAUAUUGAAUUAAACUAUUGUUAAUUUGUUUUUGUGCAGUGUUUUCCAAUGGAUUCGUAUACCAUCAGAAUUAUUGUUAUUUUAGAUAAAUCUCGUUUCGAUUUUUGUCUUCGAUAUGAAUUUGGCCGUCCAUUUUCCGAUUGAUUUUGUUUUCAUUAUUUAAUAUUGACAGAACUUCCGGAAAGUACGAAGCAGCAAAUUUUAUUCUCACAAUCACAUUCAUUAAUAAAAACAGUAUAAAAGCAAAGCAAAUAUUGAGUAGUUCUUCAGAAACUAUUCGAAUUUUGAUGAGGAUGAACAUCACCAUGAAGUCAACAUAGUUCAGCGAAUUUAAAUCGAAUACAAUCACAAAACGCCAAUUUCUGCAUUCAAUUUAGUGAUAAUUAUCUCGUAAUAUUCGGAAAAUUUUCGGUAAUUGUGAAUGAUCGAUUGAGCCAUGAGUCGAACAAGAUCAAAAGACGAUCAAUUAAACAGCGAGAGGAGAACUGACAAUGACAAAGACAUCAAGAAUCUUGUGGUAAUAAAACAAGGACUCAAGUCAAUCAUCCGAAAAGAAUAUCGCGACAAAGUGAUUCAGUUUUUGGAUUAUCGAAGCCACCGAAUAACACUGAUUUCAUCACUGGCAUCAUUGUUGGCAUUGUACAAAAUUCGAGAAGCCAUCGAUGAUGAGAACCGACAAUUUCAUCAAAUGCUUUAACGACGUUUUGGCCAAAAACGUCGACGAUGAGGAACUAAUGUCGCCAGCUUUUCGUAACAUUGUCGAGGCUAACAUCGGUGAAGAAGAUUUUGCAAGGCCCGAUAAAGAAUGCUUGGGAAAUGAUAUCAAUUAUUUCUACCAAGAUCACAUUCGAAAUUCCCAGACCAAUCUCAACACUCAUUGUUCAGAACAUGUUGAAUCGUUUUUUCAAAUGAAACGCUGGUAUUAUAACAUGAAUAUCAACUGCCAUCAAUACUAUGGAUCAAAAUUCGACGGCAUCGAUAUACGAAACGCAAAAGUGUACGCGACUAGUAACAAAGAUCUGACACAUGGUGAUGAAGAGAGAACAAAUAAGAUGAACAUUUUAUUGUAUGAACUGGAAAGAAUCGGUUGGCGGUGUCAAAAAGUUCAUAAUGGACAAUUGGUUCCGGUCACUGUCAAUGGAUUAGUGCUGGAGAAAUGGCACCAAAUCGGCCAUGGGGCAUAAAGAAGCGGAAAAGAUGCCCGGGAACGCGUAAAUUGGCAAUCAGUUUCAAGAAACAAGAGCACACAAAGGUCAAUUUUCAAGAUGAAUGGGGUACAUCAAUAAUGUGUGCCAAUUGUCACGAGCGAUUUCCAAGAAACACCAAAUCGUAUCGCUUCAAAAUUUGUCGAAAUUGCAUACCAAAACCGAUUGUUGGACUACCACCGAUAAUUGUGACGAAUUUGAGCAGACAAGAGCUUAAGAAAGAGCGAAUUGUAGAGAGAGCAAUCAAUCCAGAUCGUGGGAACAUCGAGCGUUUAGUGCCAAAGAUAAAAGUUAUCUUCAAAACUUGGUCAUUAACUCGAGAAUACCAUGAAUUGGGUGAUGCUGCACCAGAAGACAUGAUUGAGCACGUAGUCAUUUGGCACCGUGACAUUGUUGCCGCAAAGAAUAUUUUAUUCAAAGGAAUAUGUCGUCUUUUUGGCAUACCAUUGCCCGAUUCGUUGAAGAGACCUGACAAUCCACACCAUGCGACCAAUGUCAACUGAUAGCAGCAUAAAAUCAACAAUAAUCAUAAGAAGAAUAUUUUAACAAUUUUGUUAGUUACUAGGCGUGAAAAGUUUAAAUCCAAGGAUUUUUAUUGUACCCUUGACCGCAGUAGGGGUCCCUAUUUAUGGCUGUGCGGAAUAUAAAAGAACCCGUAGCUUGGAUUGCGCUUUUCACAUUGCCAAAAGUAUACGAAAAAAACCACCAAAUCAUUGACAUUAAUUUACAAAAAAUUUCAAAUGUAGGUUUGUGAAUAGGUCAGAAUAAAAAUCCGACUUGCAUGCAGAGUGCAAAAGUAAAACACAGAGUUUUUUUUACAUAGUUUAUUUGUUGUAAUACAACAACAAUUCUAUGUAAAAAAAACACUCUGUGUUCUACUUUUAUACUCUGCGCACAAGGCGAAUUUCUAUUCUUACCCAUUCAAAAAAUUAAUUAACUUUUUUUUAGGUUGAAGCGUAUUAUUUG